CGGCAAAUUGAUCACGAUUUUGUCCCCCCCAUCGUACGGUACCAAGCAAUACCAGCAAGAGUAUCGUACCGUACGGUACGUACCGGUACUGUGUGUAACUAACGAGAACGAAAAAYAAGCAACACACGAGGCAGGUCGGAACGCAAUGGCCAACGACGUCCUCAACRCCUCCUUGUUCCUGUUCAAUAGUAACUCUAGAAUACAACCUUCCGUCGAAAAGAAUAACCAUGGCGACCGAUGCAGACAUUGUCCCACAGGCCUUGACGGAUUUCGUCUUUGACCUCUAUGAUUCCGUCACACUCUCGCAAUUGACCGAGGAACAGAGCACACUAUACGACGUCGUGUUUGCGGACUUGAGUCAAAAGGUGUGUUUUCAUAAAGSUUUUCAAUUCUGAACUCCGACGAGUGCAUUGUCUUUGUGAUAUGCACCUACAAAUAAUCUAUUUAUGAUUGUUUUCUCACUGGUAUCGCUUUCCGUGCUCUCGGUCUUCGUUAUUUUUGUCUCGUCAGUACUUUGCUUCCUCUCCAUGGCCUUCUCCCGCCGCUAUUGCAACCGAGUGCAACGGAGAUCCUCUGUUUCUUGCGUUUUAUCGUGAAUUGACGCACCGCCACUGGCAUGCCGUGAGUCGACCCUCSCUUCGCGAGCGAAUGGAGGGAUGGGACGUCUACCGAGAACUCUUUGACGAAUUGCUCGAGGGUGCCGAGGAAGACUCGACUUCCAGCCAACCAAAGCUAUUCAUCUUGCCGGGAUGGGCAUUUGAAAUUUUGCACGAGUUUGUUUACCAAUUCCAGGGAUUUUGCCAGUUCCGCACCACCCUGUUCGCAUCCGCCAACAAGUACAAGCUUCUCCAAUCGGCCGAUUCGGAUGGCGACGGUGCUCCCGCACCCAGCGGAAAACGUGGACCUCCGCAUCACGUCGUAGAAAACUUGGCUUUGAUGCAGGAAGACGCYGCGAAAGAAUGCUGGAGUGUUGACACCGUCAUGUAUUACUUGCAUCGAUUCGUAGAAAUUGGAACAAAUCCCAAGUGCACCGUCCCAGCGUAUCAAUACUUUGGAAUUUUCGCAAGYGUUGCCCUCAGCCGCCUCGAGUGUCUUUUGACGGACUACCCGGCAUCUCUGGAAGCUCUUGCACCCAUCUUGGAAAAUUCAACCACCACGGUUGUCAAGCACGACCAGGAGACCAAGACCUUCACCCAAGUCAUUCAGAGUGUUUUCCCGGCCCGGUUGAGUUUGACCUACCACGCAGGAAUUUCAUUUUUGAUGCUCCGGCGCUACAAAGACGCUGCGACGACGGUGGGAGACCUCUGCACUUACAUGCAACGUGGAUUCAAGACGGGACAGCUUCGCUCCAUGCCGAACGUUGAUCAGCUCUAUAAGAAUUUCGAUAGGAUGAUUGCUUUGUUAGCAAUUUGCACUCAUAUCUGUCCCCAGACCAACUUGGUAGAGGAAUCUAUUGGCAGGACGAUUCGCGAAAAACACGGAGCACAGAUGUCGAAAGAAGCCUUCACCGAGCUCUUUGUUUUCUGUGCCCCCAAAUUUAUUUCUCCGGCUAUUCCCGACUUCGUUACCUCGGGAUCAGUCGACAAUGCUUACAAGCAACAAAUUUACCUUUUGGAACAGGAAUUGAAGGACCAGGCUGCCUUCCAAACGCUGCGAUCUUACCUGAAGUUGUAUACAUCCAUUCCCACUUCCAAACUGGUCAACUUUGGUAAUAAGGAAAAUACCCUCGCUAGCUUGAAGCUSAAGAUGCGUCAGUUGGAGCUUUCCAASUCCGAGAUUCCCUCGCUGAAGGAAGCCACUUUGAAAUCCGCUCUCGAUAUUCAGUACUACGCGGAAAAGGUAGAGGGCGCCAACGACGAGAUUGUGCAUGUAGACGAAGCAGAAAAGCAACGUCGAUAUGAAAAUUACUUUUUCGGACAGGCCACACAGUCAUACGAUAUUCGAAAAACUGCGAAGGUCAUCGACACAUCGUUGUAAAGGAUGUGUUGACCCUCUUUGCAAGUCUCGUUGCAUCUCUAAAUUAAUCAGUUACCAAAUA